AUGGAGCAUUUAUCCGUGCAAGACAUGAAGGGCUUCCUGUUUCUCACACUCUUCCUGAUGCCUGUGCACGCUGGAACUGCUUGGAGUGCGAAAUAUGCAGUAGAUUGUCCCGAGCCCUGUGACAGUAACGCAUGCAAAAGUACCUUGCGCUGUAAGCGAACGGUGCUGGAUGACUGUGGCUGUUGCAGAGUGUGUGCAGCUGCUCUGGGGGAGACUUGCUAUCGUACGGUCUCGGGUAUGGAUGGUGUCAAGUGUGGUCCUGGGCUGAAGUGCCAGUUUUACACUGAGGAGGAUGACUUUGGUGAUGAAUUUGGUAUCUGCAAAGAGUGUCCUUACGGUACCUAUGGAAUGGAAUGCAGGAAAACCUGCAACUGUCCCUCUGGCAUCUGUGACAGAGUAACCGGGAAGUGUUUGAAGUUCCCAUUUUUUCAGCUGUCUGCUUCAAAGCCUCCGAAUCGACGAAAAAUAGUUUCACACACAGAGAAUGACAUGGCAUCAGGGGAUGGCAAUUCUGUAAAAGAGGAGUUCGUUAAAGAGAAAGCUAUUUGCUCUCCAGUAAUGAAAUGGCUAAAUCCUCGCUGA